GCCGCCAAUGGGAAGGGAGCGAGUGCCACGAACAGACCAAUGAGGAGGGAGCAGCGCGGGGUUUAAACCUGAGGCUGGGUACUGCUCCUCCCGGCGUGCUGCGGAGGAACGACUGUUGGUCUGCGGUGCGUUCAGGUCCCCGGCUCUUCGGUGGCUCCCGUGCUCUGCUUCUCCCCGUUGAGCUGCUGCCUGGUGAAGAGGAAGCCAUGGCGCUCCGGGUCACCAGGAACACGAAAGUUAAUGUUGAAAAUAAGGCAAAGAUCAGUAUGGCAGGCGCAAAGCGCGUGCCUCUGGCCACUGUUGCAGCCUCCAAGCCGGGACUGAGGCCAAGAACAGCCCUCGGAGACAUUGGUAACAAAGUCAGUGAACAGCCACAAGCCAAAUUGCCUCUGAAAAAGGAAGCAAAAACUUUGGCUCCUGGAAAAGUUAUUGCUAAAAAAAUACCAAAACCUCUGGACAAAGCACCCGAGCCUGUGUCUGUACCUGUGCCAGAACCAGAGCCAGAACAUGAGCCUGUUAAAGAAGAAAAGCUUUCUCCAGAGCCUAUUUUGGUUGAUACUCCGUCUCCAAGCCCAAUGGAAACGUCUGGAUGUGCCCCUGCAGAAGAAUAUCUGUGUCAGGCUUUCUCUGAUGUAAUUCUUGCAGUGAACGAUGUGGAUGCAGAAGAUGGAGCUGAUCCAAACCUUUGUAGUGAAUAUGUGAAAGAUAUUUAUGCUUAUCUGAGACAACUUGAGGAAGAGCAAGCAGUAAGACCAAAAUACCUCCUGGGUCGUGAAGUCACUGGAAACAUGAGAGCCAUCCUAAUUGACUGGCUAGUACAGGUUCAAAUGAAAUUCAGGUUACUGCAGGAGACCAUGUACAUGACUGUUUCCAUUAUUGAUCGGUUCAUGCAGAAUAAUUGUGUACCCAAGAAGAUGCUGCAGCUGGUUGGUGUCACUGCCAUGUUUAUUGCAAGUAAAUAUGAAGAAAUGUACCCUCCAGAAAUUGGUGACUUUGCCUUUGUGACUGACAACACUUACACCAAGCACCAAAUCAGACAGAUGGAAAUGAAGAUUCUAAGAUCUUUAAAUUUUGGUCUGGGCCGCCCUCUACCCCUGCAUUUCCUUCGGAGAGCAUCUAAGAUUGGAGAGGUUGAUGUUGAGCAACAUACUUUGGCCAAAUACCUGAUGGAGCUAACUAUGCUGGAUUACGAUAUGGUGCACUUUCCCCCUUCUCAGAUUGCAGCAGGAGCUUUUUGCCUAGCACUAAAAAUUCUCGACAAUGGUGAAUGGACACCAACUUUACAGCAUUACCUGUCAUACACUGAAGAAUCCCUUCUAAAUGUUAUGCAACACCUGGCUAAGAAUAUAGUCAUGGUGAAUCGUGGGCUUACAAAGCACAUGACUAUCAAGAACAAGUAUGCCACAUCUAAGCAUGCUAAGAUCAGCACUCUAGCACAACUAAAUUCUGCACUAGUUCAAGAUUUAGCCAAGGCUGUGGCAAAGGUGUAACUUGUAAACUUGAGUUGGAGUACUAUAAUAACUACAAAUAAAAUUGGCACCAUGUGCCAUCUGUACAUAUUAUAUGUUACAUUUACUUACUUUUAAUAAAGUUUGUGGUCCUUUUUAUUUCUUA